AUGGACUCGGCGAGGACAUCCGAACCGCGCAAGGGGCAUUGGCUCCUGAGAAGCUUGGGAUCACGAUCCCCCUUUGGGGAUCCCCACGCUCAUCGCCUCGCGUGGAUCAUAUGGGAUCUAUCCGUACCAGGCAGUGAGCGGAUAGCGGAUCAUCAGCAUCAUCACCCAACUCGGGUAGCAGCACCACCGAACCAGUCCCAUCGUACGAAGUACGUGGUAAACCCCAUGGUUGACUGUUACUCGGCAUCCCAUCGUGGCUUUCGUCGUCUCGCCAUCGCCGUCUUUCCACGCGAUCCCGAGAUCGAAGAUCGAUCAGCGGGCAGCAUCUGUGCAACUUGCAACUUGCGGAUACGAAAUGCCGAAAUCAUGUUCCUCUCAGACAGCCAGACAGCCAGACAGCCAGACAACCAGACAGCCAGACAACCAGACAGCCAGACAACCAGACAACCCGCUGAUGCAUCAUUGGGAUCGCUGCAUCAGAUCAGACGCAAGUGCGUUCUCAUCGCCCAAGCUUGGGGCCCCUUCCCUGUUCUCUUCACUUCGUGGGCUGACGAUUUCGAUGGGACAAUCAUUCUGUCGUCUAUUACGGUCAGGUGGCCUCGGUUGGCCACGGAGGCCUACCAGCUGGGCCUCGGUUUCCGGCACAACAAACGAAGAAUCUCCAUGCGAAGAACUGGGUUGCCGAGUAUAGAUCAUCGUUUCUCCAGUUGCCAAACUUCGGCUUCGAGGGAACCCACGGAAGAGAGUCAGUCUGCGCGAGAAACAUCAGCUCGUAUCGUCCGAGACUUCCAAUCCUUCCAUGGUGGUGCUGGCCAUUCCCUUUUCAUUCUUAUUUUUGCCCCUCUGCCGAGCAAAAAGGUAUGGACAAAAGAUGGUUGUUGGCUCGCCAAGACGGUCCGUCACCUGGUUGGGAGCGAAUCGCGCAACACCACGUCCUCGCCCAACCAUCACCAGCCCAGUCUCUCGAAUUCUCGCGUCGUUCUCUUUCCCUACUGGUUGCCUCGACUUCUGCGACUGGACCUAAGGCCUGGGAAAACACAAAAUAGACCAGAAAAUGAGUCAGGUUCUAGACACCUGCACCCCAAUCACAACCGUCAUACGAAUACCAACGCACAACGCAACGACAACAUGCGCCUGGUCUCUCUUCGGGUCCAUCACAUUGUCCCCUCCAAUGGAGACCACGCAUCCUCCCGUUUACUCGUGGGUCCUGGGUCCAACUGUGUCCCCGACGACCAACGAACGACGACCCAACCGGAUCACCAUCUACUCAUUCGCACAUCCCGGGUUCCAGCAGCCACAGUGGUCAUCUGCAGUGGCCAUCCAUCCAACCUCGACCUCAAGCCUCCCAUGGCCUGGAAUGUCUUUCCCCUCCCCCCUAGGCCGGGCGACUUCCACUUCGUAUGUACCCGAUUGGCUUCGUUUGGGCCGCAUGUUGCCCUGCUGAAGAUGCCCAAUCCGGUCGGGCACAUCCAGACACCUGGCUUUAAAGCCGUGCGUUGGGCUCGUGUGGCGGCUGCUCACGACAUGCAGUAUCUCCUCAACACAUACUCUCACCCGACAUCCAAUGAAGCCAGCAACUCACACCUACGCCAAGCACCGCAUACUCCCAGGAUUUUCUCCUCACUUCGAAGAUAUACUUGA